AUGGCUCCGCGAGGACUGACCAACCCCGCGCCAAAGACUGAGUCGGCGCGCUCUGCGCUGAGCGCAUUCACUUGCACACUUUGCAACAAGUCCUACUCGCGCCACCCGGAGUACGAAGCCCACAUUGGAUCGUAUGACCACCAACACAGAAAGCGCUUGCAGGACCUCAAGCAGCUAUCGCGCGAUCCAAACGCUGCGGAGAAAGCGCGCCGCGCUGAACGCAAAGCCGAUGCUGAGGCCGGUUUGAAGGUUAUCGAGACGCCUGACAAUGCUUUAUCGACUGGGGCCAAUACUGGUGGAGGUUUCAAGAAAGGAGGAUUUAAGAGCUCUUUUGCUGCUGUAAAGGGAGCAGUUGCUCCCUCGGCCCCGGUUAAGAGGAAUGUCCUAGGAGACGAGGAAGAUACACCAAAGCCGAGGGAAGAGGCCCCGGCUGCUCCCCAGUCUCAAAAAAGUGAGAAUGGUGACAAAGAAAGUGAUACCGAUGGAGAAUAUGGUGAGGACCAUGAGGCUUAUUAUGAUCCUCGUCAGCCAACUGGCUGUUAUGGUGGGUGUCCAGGUCAAAAAGUCCAAGCUGCUGCGUAG